UUUGAAAUCAGGGAGCAGCGGCUGAGGUUUGCAGAUAUCAGCCCUUCAAGUUCUUGUUCAUACAAGGAGGAUGUCGUAAGCAUUUGCAAGAGGAGGGGUGGAAGCGAUAACAGAAACCUAACCCAUAAUGAUUGGUUGCACACAGUGCAGUUAGAGCCUGAUGUGAUCUCAAUGUCCUUCAUCCCAAUAACCUCUCUGUUGAAUGGUGUCUCAGGCAGCGGUUUUUUGAGCCAUGCUAUAAAUCUCUAUUUGCGCUAUAAACCACCAAUUGAAGAGCUCAAUCAGUUUUUGGAAUUUCAGCUGCCGAGGCAGUGGGCGCCUGUUUUCAGUGAUCUUCCUCUUGGUCCGCAGCGGAGGCAACAUAGCACACCGUCUUUACAGUUUAGUUUCAUGGGUCCCAAGCUUUACGUGAACACCACCCCGGUAAAGCUUCUGUUGUUUGAUAUAAUAUCUUCAUUGGUUGUUCCCACUUUGAUCAAUGCAAAUUGUGCGGUGAUUUUUCAUUUUGAGUUGGAUUUUGUCUAUCAACUCUGUGGCUUAGCAUCUCUUAGGCAUUAAUAGUGCUGCAAGAUGUUUCAUAGGGAGAAAUCACGAAUCUGUAUGUAAAUGUUAAUCAGUGAAGUUUCAUGAGUUUUGGAUGGAAAAAAUCUUAAAUCAUGGAGGAAGGGACACUAAAUGAAACAUCUGGGAUUUUCGUCUUUGAGAGGACCCUAGAGGAAUA